AGGCGAUGCCUAUGGUUGUCAUGCAUAGAUCAUCGUCGUAUCCGAUGCAGUUACUCGGCUUAGACAAUGCAUUUCCGAGCUUGAUGCCACCUUGAUGAACAGGUUAGGGGUCUCCGUCACAAGAGUGGACUGGUCCCUCAAACGAUUGUGAGCCGCGGGAAGCUUCUUGCCCCGCCUGACGUCCCUCUUGAUAGCAGACAAUUCCUCUCCGCGCAGCAGUGAAAAACAUUUCAUCUGAAUAUUUUCAUACAUAUACAGUACUUGCAGAUUGUGGUAUCUCACUGCAGAAAUGGCACCCAAAACGAUCGUGCUGAAGGCUCCCAACGGCCAAGAGUGGGAGCAGCCUACCGGUCUAUUUAUCAACAACGAGUUUGUUGAUUCAACAAAGCCUGACGACACCAUUUCCUCAAUCGAUCCUGCAACGGAGAAAGAAAUUGCGGCGGUGCAGUCUGCGACUCCAGAUGACAUCGACCUUGCUGUGAAAGCUGCGAAGAAGGCGCUGAAGAGCCCGGAAUGGAAGCUGUUGCCCAACACCGAUCGUGGGCGGUUGAUGGUAAAACUUGCAGACUUGAUGGAGAAGAACCACGAGCUUCUGGCAACGAUUGACGCAUGGGACAACGGCAAGCCAUAUAGUGUAGCCUACAACGAUGAUCUCCCUGAGGCUUUCAACACAAUCCGUUACUACGGAGGGUGGGCAGACAAACUUCACGGCCAGACAAUAGGUACGACACCGCAAAAGUUCGCAUAUACUGUCCGUCAGCCGAUUGGAGUUGUUGCACAGAUCAUCCCUUGGAACUAUCCUCUGUCAAUGGCCUGCUGGAAGCUAGGUCCUGCUCUGGCUUGCGGUAACACCGUUGUUCUGAAGCCAGCAGAGCAGACGCCACUAUCGAUUCUCGUGUUCGCAAAGCUUAUCAAAGAAGCUGGCUUCCCUCCUGGUGUAGUCAACAUUGUUAAUGGUCUUGGACGUGAGGCGGGCUCUGCGCUUGUCCAGCACCCGCUGGUCGACAAGGUUGCAUUCACAGGUUCGACAGCCACAGCUACUCAGAUCAUGAAGAUGGCUGCUAUUGGACUGAAAAAUAUCACGCUUGAGACUGGAGGCAAGUCGCCACUGCUUGUUUUCGAUGACGCAGAUAUGGAGCAAGCAGUCAAGUGGUCCCACUACGGCAUUAUGUCAAACCAAGGCCAAAUAUGCACAGCUACAUCUCGCAUCUUGGUACAGGAGUCCAUAUUCGACUCAUUCGUUGAGAAGUUCCGCAAGCAGGUCUCUGAAGUCUCUGUCAUUGGCGACCAAUGGAGCUCAGACACUUUCCAAGGCCCCCAGGUCACCAAGCAACAAUACGAGCGCAUCCUCUCAUACGUCGACAUCGGCAAACAAGAAGGUGCCAACCUCGUUGAGGGUGGAGAAGCCCGCAGUGGAGACGGAUACUACAUCAAGCCCACAGUUUUCACUGGCGUGUCGUCGAGCAUGCGUAUCUAUCGCGAAGAGGUUUUCGGACCCUUUGUUGUCAUCGCUACUUUCAAGAACGAAGACGAGGCUAUCGAGAUGGCCAAUGACACGAUCUACGGGCUCGGCGCCGCCGUCUUCACGAGGGAUCUUGAGAGGGCGCACAGAGUUGCAUCAGAGAUUGACUCUGGGAUGGUCUGGGUGAACAGCAGUCAGGAUUGUGAUUACCGCGUGCCGUUUGGUGGUGUCAAACAGUCAGGUGUUGGGCGUGAGCUGGGAGAGGCAGGCUUGGAGGCUUACUCUCAGAUCAAGGCGGUACACAUCAACAUGGGAAACAGGCUAUAGAUAUGAUCCUAUACGAGCAGGCCAACUAGACGAAUUUUCGAGCACUACAUGAAACCUUGCGAGAGUCGGCAUUGGCCUACAGAUUCUACCCUGUGUCGUGC